AGAAGUUAUAUUUUUUUGUCUGUUCUUUUGUUAACACUAUUGACAAAAAGCAAUGCAAAUAUUCAAAAGAUAUUAGCUUUUGAAAAUGCUUUUGAUAGACUAUUUUACGUUAUACAAGAAGAAGACAAUGCAGAUGGAGGAAUUGUCGUUCAAGAUUGUCUGAAUUUAAUGUUGACUCUAUUAAGAAAUAACAUUUCGACACAAAAUUUCUUCAAAGAAGGUAAUUUUAUAUCGCGAAUAUUGCCACUUUUGCAAUUGCCCCUUAUUGAUGAGUGGCCUGUUCAGAGAAUAAACAAUGUGCAUUCAGUUCUUCAAAUUAUACGCACACUAGUAUCACCAACCAAUCCAGCUCAAGCUACUUCUUCGUGCCAACAAGCCAUGUACACAUCUGGAAUCCUAAAAGCAUUAUGUGACUUGUUGGUUGCGAUUGGUGUGCCCCGUAAUCCAUUAACUGAAGCCAUAUAUACUGUAGCAGAACUUAUACGUGGGCACAACGAUAAUCAAUCAUUUCUUGAAUCAGUAAAGUCUAAUGAAAAUCCUACAAAAGAUAUUCUGUUAUUAUUGUUAUAUACAAUGUUAAGCGACAAGCAGCCAUUUGAUAUGCGUUGUGCGGUGUUGUAUGUUUUCCAGUGUUACUUGUACAGAAAUGAUUUUGGAAAAAUGAAAAAUAUUCAAAAACUAUUACCAUCAGAAAAAGAAGUAACUGAAACUUGCAUCAGCAAUCUUCUUUGUCGAGGUUUGUUCAACAAGGAACCGUUGAACAGCUGGUUUUCAGCAGUGGCACUUUCAUACGCUCUUAUUGAUAACCCAGAAGGUAAAGAAAAGCUGCUGAAUGUCAAGUUGUCGUCCAAUGAUAAUGAGCCACCUACAUUACUGCAACAGAUAGUUAUUUCUAUCCAAAAAAAUGAUAGAGCAGUGAGUGUGUACGAACAGGGACAGUAA